UUUGUUUUUUUUUAACUCUAGUGCCACCUGGGUUCAAUCCCAAAUACAACCUCUUAGGAGUGCAGUGUAGUGUAGUGCACUUCACUUAUGUAGGAAGCUGAUUGGGUGGCGGCAGCUACGGCAACUCGUAAAGGUCAAUUUCCGUGACAGUAGCCCUGUUAGCGCGAAGGGAACAAUGAUGUCGGAGCAGGACGCUCUGAAGAGGAACCGCGGGGGAGUGCAGCGGGUGGAAGGAAAACUACGCGCCAGUGUGGAGAGAGGAGAUUACUAUGAGGCCCAUCAAAUGUACCGGACCUUAUUCUUUAGGUAUACAUCUCAGUCCAAGCAUGCAGAAGCCCGGGAGCUGAUGUACAACGGAGCGUUGCUUUUCUUUAGUUAUAACCAGCAAAACAGCGCCGCAGACCUGUCCAUGCUCGUCCUGGAGGCUUUAGAGAAGUCCGAGGCUGACGUCGAGGAGGACGUGCUGGAGCAACUGGUCAAGCUGUUUAGCAUGAUGGACCCGAACUCUCCCGAGAGGGUGGCAUUCGUCUCGCGGGCACUCAAGUGGUCGACGGGCGGCUCAGGGAAGCUGGGACACCCCAAAUUACACCAGCUGCUGGCGGUCACGCUGUGGAAGGAACAAAACUACAGCGAGUCUCGCUACCACUUCCUGCACUCGUCAGACGGCGAGGGCUGCGCUCAGAUGCUGGUGGAGUACUCGGCCGCUCGCGGUUUUCGCAGCGAAGUCGACAUGUUUGUGGCUCAGGCCGUCUUACAGUUCCUCUGUCUAAAGAACAAAAUGAGCGCCUCGGUGGUGUUCACCACGUACACACAGAAGCACCCGUCCAUAGAGAAAGGUCCUCCGUUUGUGCAGCCGCUCCUCAACUUCCUCUGGUUCCUCCUGUUGGCGGUGGACGGUGGAAAGCUGACAGUCUUUACAGUAUUAUGUGACCAGUAUCAGCCAUCGCUGAAGAGGGACCCCAUGUACAACGAGUACCUGGACAGAAUAGGGCAGCUGUUCUUCGGCGUUCCACCCAAACAGUCCUCAUCAUACGGUGGCCUACUAGGGAACCUCUUGAACAGUCUAAUGGGGUCGGGUGAGGAAGAGGAGGGUGAGGAAGUUCGUGAGGACAGCAGCCCCAUCGAGCUGGACUGAACAUCACACACCUCCAAACACAACCUAUAGAACACAACACCUGAACUGAAUCAAACUCGACGACUUUUUUUUUUCCCCCUCCCCCUUUUGACCACAUGUCCUGGAAUGAGUUCCUGCAGUUUUUUUUUUUUAUUAUUUAAUUUUUUUGUUUUUCAUUUCUUUGCCCCUCUGUAUAGUUUUCAGAAGAGGUGAUCGAUACAACUUCUGGACUACAUCAUCAUCAGCACCAUCACGCACACCACCACCUCUCUACUAAUGAAUAAAUAAACUCUCGUGAAAUGGAAGAACAUUUGAAGCGUAAUCAUGACGGUCCAGCCAGAACAGGAUGAAUUGUCGGUACGAGUUAAUAACGACGACGCGGUCCUCGUACCGUGUGGUGCGAGAUUAGCGCGUGUUAGUAUCGCAGUCUGCAGGAAGUGACACUCGAAGCAAACUGUGUAAAUAUCUACAGCACCUUCCUCCAAUACAAGUGACGAAACACAUUAAACAGAGAAUAUAACGGAGCGCGAGCAGUUCAGUUCGGCGAGCACUGAGAGACACGCCCACUUCCUUUCAACAGUGCAGACACUUCGCUCACAGGUCGAGGCGACGAAGCGAAGUAAAGCGUCCCGUGACGUCGAUUACUUCUCGUUCACACGUACGUCUAGAGGAGUAAACGUGCUCCAGCCACGCCCCGUGUGCAAGUUUUCUGAGCGAAACUGUUUUUAGCGCAUCUCGGAUCGUAAACCCUGACCUUUUGCUUUCAAAACGUUUACUAACCUAGAAAACGUGUUUAUAAAAUCGAACACUAAUUGUAUACCAAGUUAAACCGGUUAGUGUUAGUACGCGUAGUCUAAAAUAGUAAACGAGUACGUGAUUUGCUAGUUUGUGUGUUCAGUCGUGUACAGUGUGACAUGGUGCUCUACUGCCCCCACUGGUCAUGUUGGUAUUGCAGCACACGGACAUGUUGUGUAGCGCUAGCUAAUUUCCCAACGUGCUCAUCUACACUGCGGCCAUCUCGUGUAGUUAAAAGCAAGCAGAAUCAUUUCGGGAUCGGGAUUGUUGUGUAUCGAUGCAUCCCUAAUUGAUAAUAUUUCUAUAAUUAAAGUGGAACACGUGAGUACACGUCCAUCACA